AUGAAGCCAGAAGUCGAGCAGGAGCUGGCUCACACGCUGCUCGUCGAACUCCUUGCCUACCAGUUUGCCUCACCAGUGCGGUGGAUCGAGACGCAGGAUGUCAUUCUAGCUGAGAAACGGACGGAGCGUAUUGUCGAGAUAGGUCCGGCGGACACCCUAGGUGGCAUGGCCCGGAGGACACUCGCAUCGAAAUACGAAGCCUACGACGCCGCCACCUCCGUCCAGCGUCAGAUCUUCUGCUAUAAUAAGGAUGCGAAGGAGAUCUACUAUGAUGUAGAUCCUGUCGAGGACGAGCCUGCUCCAGGCCCAGAAUCUACCGCCGCUGACGCUACCGGUGCCCCUGCAGCUGCCACUUCUGCUCCAGCUGCCGCUGCCACGGUGCCAGUGGCCGCUCCUGCCCCCUCAGCGGGUCCCGCUGCGGCUGUGGAGGAUGCUCCCGUCACUGCUGUUGAGAUUGUGAGGUCACUUAUUGCGCAGAAACUGAAAAAGGGCCUAGCAGAUGUGCCACCUAGCAAAGCAAUUAAAGAUCUAGUAGGAGGGAAGUCAACAUUACAAAAUGAAAUUCUGGGUGACCUCGGAAAGGAGUUUGGUUCCACGCCCGAACGACCCGAAGACACUCCUCUUGAUGAACUCUCCUCGUCUCUCCAGGCCACUUUCAACGGCCAACUCGGAAAACAAUCGUCUUCUCUCAUUGCUCGACUAGUUUCCUCCAAGAUGCCCGGUGGUUUCAAUAUUACUGCUGUUCGCAAGUAUUUGGAAUCUCGCUGGGGGCUAGGCGCGGGCCGACAAGACGGUGCUCUCCUCCUUGCCCUUACUAUGGAGCCUGCGUCCCGUAUUGGCUCCGAAUCUGAUGCGAAAGCGUACUUUGAUGACAUUACGAAUAAAUAUGCUGCUAAUGCUGGAAUAACACUAUCUACUGCCAAGGCUGGAGGCGAUAGUGGUGGGGGUUCCGGAGGCAUGAUGAUGGACCCUGCUGCCAUUGAUGCCCUUACUAAAGACCAGAGAGCUCUCUUCAAACAGCAACUCGAAGCUAUCGCAAGAUACCUUAAGAUGGACCUUCGCGCUGGAGACAAGGCGUUUGUUGCGUCUCAGGAGUCUCAGGCAGCUCUCCAGGCUCAGCUUGACCUCUGGCAAAUAGAGCAUGGUGAAGUCUAUGCUUCUGGUAUCGAGCCUUCCUUUGACCCACUCAAGGCCAGAGUAUAUGACUCUUCUUGGAAUUGGGCUCGCCAGGAUGCCCUCAGCAUGUAUUAUGAUAUCAUCUUUGGCCGGCUUCGCGUCGUUGACCGUGAAAUUGUCAGCCAGUGUAUCCGCAUCAUGAACAGGUCCAACCCACUCCUUCUCGACUUUAUGCAGUACCAUAUAGACAAUUGCCCGACCGAGCGUGGAGAAACAUAUAAGCUUGCCAAAGAGCUUGGGUGCAUGCUGAUCGAGAACUGCAAGGACGUUUUGAACGCCGACCCAGUGUACAAGGAUGUUGCAGUCCCCACUGGGCCUCAGACAACUGUCGACGCUAGAGGAAAUAUCAAAUACCAAGAGGCCACACGGCCAAGUGCGCGCAAACUUGAGGACUACGUACGAGCGAUGGCACAGGGUGGUCCCAUCUCUCAGUACAGUGGCCGCACUAAGGUACAAAAUGACCUCAAGAACGUCUAUAAGAUGAUCCAAAAGCAACAUAAACUUUCCAAGGCUUCACAGCUGCAGUUCAACUCCCUUUACAAGGAAGUUCUGCGCACCCUGGCCAUGAAUGAACGCCAAAUAAUGCCUCAACAAAAUGGGCACGCUAGAAAGGGAGCACCCGCUAAUGGCUCACGCUCUCCUUCCACCAACUCGGGCAAGGUGGAGACAAUUCCCUUCUUGCAUCUGAAGAGGAAGACAACUCACGGAUGGGACUACAGCAAGAAAUUGACUGGCGUUUAUCUUGAUGGUCUAGAGUCUGCUGCCCGGUGUGGUCUCACCUUUAGCGGCAAGAACAUCUUGAUGACUGGUGCCGGUGCUGGCUCCAUCGGUGCCGCGGUACUACAAGGAAUGAUCAGUGGUGGAGCCAAGGUCGUUGUCACUACCAGUCGCUUUUCAAGAGAAGUUACCGAGUACUACCAGACGAUGUACACUCGAUACGGCGCGCGAGGCUCUCAGCUUGUUGUCGUCCCAUUUAACCAGGGAAGUAAGCAGGAUGUCGAAGCUCUUAUCCAGUACAUCUACGAUCCCAAGAACGGACUUGGAUGGGAUCUAGACCACAUCGUUCCAUUUGCCGCUAUUUCUGAAAACGGCCGUGAAAUUGACUCCAUUGAUUCUAAAUCCGAGCUGGCCCAUCGUCUCAUGUUGACAAACAUUCUCCGUAUGAUUGGUGCUGUCAAAUCUCAGAAACAUGAGCGAGGCUUUGCAACUCGUCCUGCCCAGGUUGUCCUUCCUAUGUCUCCUAACCAUGGAACCUUUGGAAAUGAUGGCCUUUAUUCUGAGUCAAAGCUUGGCCUAGAGACCCUGUUCAACAGAUGGUAUUCCGAGAAUUGGUCUGACUAUCUCACUAUCUGUGGAGCUGUGAUUGGUUGGACUCGUUCUACAGGUCUGAUGAACGCCAAUGACACAAUUGCCGAGGGCGUUGAAAAACUUGGGGUCCGUACCUUCUCCCAACAGGAAAUGGCCUUUAAUUUGCUCGGACUCAUGGCGCCUGCUAUCGUUGAUCUCUGCCAGAAUAACCCUGUCUUUGCUGACCUGAACGGUGGCCUUCAAUUCAUUCCUGACCUCAAUGGAUUGAUGAAGAAGCUUCGCAGUGAAAUUGUCGAGACUAGCACUGUCAGACAGGCAGUUAUGAAGGAAACUGCCCUUGAGAAUAAGAUUAUCAACGGCGAGGACAGCGAAGCUCUGUAUAAGAAGGUCAUUACUGAGCCUCGCGCCAAUAUCAAAUUCGAAUUCCCAAUUCUGCCUGACUGGAAGACCGAGGUUGAUCCUCUCAACGGCAAUCUCAAGGAUAUGGUCAACUUGGACAAAGUUGUUGUUAUCACCGGUUUUGCCGAAAUUGGACCGUGGGGUAAUUCCCGUACCCGCUGGGAGAUGGAGGCUUACGGAAAGUUCUCUCUUGAGGGCUGCAUUGAGAUGGCAUGGAUGAUGGGCCUUAUCAAGAAUCACAACGGCCCUCUUAAAGGUAAACCAUACUCCGGGUGGGUGGAUACCAAAACCGGCGAGCCAGUCAGCGACAAGGAUGUCAAGGCCAAGUAUGAGAAAUACAUUCUCGAGCACUCCGGUAUUCGUAUUGUCGAGCCUGAACUGUUCGGCGGAUACGAUCCUAACAACAAACACCUUUUGCAAGAAGUUGUAUUACAAGAGGACCUCGAUACUUUCGAAGCAUCCAAAGAGACUGCCGAGGAAUUCAAGCGUGAACAUGGCGAUAAGGUCGAGAUUUUUGAAAUUAAAGACUCCGGAGAGUACACCGUCCGCCUGCUCAAAGGGGCCACUCUUCUUAUUCCCAAGGCUCUCAAAUUUGACCGUUUCGUCGCUGGCCAGAUUCCUACUGGCUGGGACCCCAAGCACUACGGAAUUCCUGAUGAUAUUAUCAGUCAGGUUGACCCAGUUACUCUCUACGUGCUCGUUUGUACUGUCGAGACUCUUCUUGCAUCCGGUGUCACUGACCCAUACGAAUUCUACAAAUAUGUUCACAUUUCUGAAGUUGGUAACUGCAUCGGCUCUGGCAUCGGAGGUGCUCAAGCUCUUCGUGGCAUGUACAAGGACCGUUAUCUUGAUAAGCCAUUGCAGAAAGAUAUCCUUCAAGAGUCCUUCAUAAAUACCAUGAGUGCUUGGGUGAACAUGUUGCUCCUUUCGUCAACCGGUCCUAUCAAGACGCCUGUUGGUGCAUGUGCUACUGCUGUGGAAUCCGUUGACAUUGGAUACGAGACUAUUGUUGAAGGAAAGGCUCGCGUUUGCUUUGUCGGUGGAUUUGAUGACUUCCAGGAAGAAGGCUCUUACGAAUUCGCCAAUAUGGGUGCCACCAGCAAUGCGGAAUCCGAAUUAGCUCACGGUCGAACACCAAAGGAGAUGUCCAGGCCCACCACCACCACCCGUAGCGGAUUCAUGGAAUCUCAGGGCUGUGGUAUGCAAUUACUUAUGAGUGCUCAACUUGCUCUUGAUAUGGGCGUUCCGAUCUAUGGCAUCGUAGCCCUUACCACCACAGCCACCGAUAAGAUUGGCCGUUCUGUUCCUGCUCCUGGCAAGGGAGUUUUGACCACUGCUCGUGAGAACCCUGGCAAGUUCCCCUCGCCAUUGCUUGAUAUCAAAUACCGGCGCAGACAAUUGGAGAUGCGUCGUCGCCAAAUUCGAGCAUGGCGCGAGUCCGAGAUCCUUGGCCUCCAAGACGAGAUCGACACUCUGCGGGCCCAGUCUGAUGACACCUUCAACGCUGCUGAAUACCGACAGGAAAGAUUUGAACACAUUGAGCGCGAGGCCAUUAGACAAGAAAAGGAUGCUGCGUUCAGCCUGGGGAACAACUUCUGGAAACAGGAUUCCAGAAUAUCUCCUCUACGAGGUGCCCUCGCUACUUGGGGUCUUACUAUUGACGAUGUUGAUGUGGCUUCAUUCCACGGUACUUCUACUAUUGCCAAUGAUAAGAAUGAGUGUGAUGUCUUGUGUCAGCAGAUGAAGCACCUUGGCCGAAAGAAGGGCAACGCCCUCUUGGGCAUUUUCCAGAAGUAUCUCACUGGCCAUCCCAAGGGUGCCGCUGGUGGUUUCAUGAUCAACGGAUGUCUUCAGGUUCUUAACACCGGUCUUGUCCCCGGAAACCGCAACGCCGACAACAUCGACAAGAUUAUGGAGAAGUUUGAUUACAUUGUCUACCCCAGCCGUAGCCUCCAGACAGAUGGUAUCAAGGCCUUCUCUGUGACUUCGUUCGGCUUCGGCCAGAAGGGAACUCAAGCCAUUGGUAUCCAUCCCAAGUACCUUUAUGCCACCCUUGAUGAGGCUCAAUACGCAGCCUACAAGAACAAGGUCGAGGCUCGUCAGAAGCGUGCCUACAGAUACUUCCACAAUGGCAUGAUCAACAACACUCUCUUCGUUGCGAAGGACAAAUCGCCAUAUGAAGAUAACCAGGAGUCCAGUGUCUACCUCAACCCUGAUGUCCGUGUGGAGUACAACGAGAAGGCCUCUAAGCUACAGUACCCCAUCCAUUCAAAGCCAAAGGCACCAACCCCUGUUAGCAAAACCGAAAGCACAAAGAAGAUGGUUGAAACUCUUGCAAAAGCCACCGUAACCGGUAACACCAAGAUUGGUGUUGACGUCGAAGACAUUGAAUCAUUCAACAUUUCUAACGAAACCUUUAUUGACCGCAAUUUCACCCAAAGAGAGAAGGAAUACUGUUCGCAAGCAGGCUCCGCGCGAGCAUCCUUUGCCGGACGCUGGAGUGCAAAGGAAGCUGUGUUCAAGUCUCUAGGUGUUCGUGGCAAGGGUAGCGGAGCUCCUCUCAAGGAGAUCGAGAUUAUCCACGAUGACAACGGUGCUCCAGUUGUGGUUCUACACGGCGAUGCCGCUGCCGCAGCUAAGGAGGCCGGCGUUAAGGAGGUACAUGUCAGCAUCACUCACAGCGAUGCACAGGCUAUUGCCAUUGCUCAGUCUCACUUCUAG